GAUCACAAGUCAAUCCCGUUAAGCCACGCAGCACAACUCAGGAGAGAGAGACCUACGUCUGUUUGAGUCCCUUGAAGCCACCAAAACACCUCCCAUACAUCCCGUCGCCGCUGCAACCUAUCUACCGCAUACGCACACAUACACACGUACACAUACGCCAUGCCCUCCUCACCCACAAGCGAAAAGAUCACGCUCACGUACCCGCUGUUCUGCGCGGACUUCCUCGAUGCGGACCGCCUGGUGGUGGGCGGGGGAGGUGGUGAAGGUCGUAGUGGCGUCGGGAACAGAAUCACUCUCCUCGACGUCUCGAAAUCCACCGCCGCCCAGUCGGCUACUACCACCAAUAUCCAGCAGCUCUCGCAGCACGACUUGAGCGCGUCUGAGGACUCGUGCAUGACCCUGGUCGUCGCGAGAGCUCCGAUCUCGAAGAAGAAGUCGAAAGGAAAGACCGCGCAGCCGCUGCUGCUCGCUGGCAUCAAUAGCUCCGAGGCUCAGCAGCGCGAGGGCACGAACGAACACUUCCGUGUAUUCUCUGUUGCCGCCGGGAGCGAUAACGCCAUCUCGCCCGUCUCGAGGGGGCAGCUGUUUACGCCGACGACGACGGAUGUUUACCAACGCGUGCUGCGGACUCGGGGGUCACUAGCGGCGGCGGCGAGUGGAGGCGGGAAGAGCGGGUUCGAAGUCGUCGUUGUUUCUACCGACGAUUUCGCGGUGAAGCGCCGGAUCUCCACAGAGACCGAGGUGGCGGAUCUGGAUCUGGCCGAGGAUGGCACACUUGUCUACUGCACGUCGAAGGAGAUCUUUACCACCGCCGGAUCCGGAGCAUCUACACCUAAGAAACUCAACUUCCAGACCACGCCGGCGAUCCCGGGGACUCUGCGGGCGAUCCGGUUCCUUAGCCGCGAGCGUAUGGUAGCCGUCAUCAACGCCCCGCAGCGCAGCGGCUCAGAAAUCCUCCUCCUCGAUGCCACCAGCGGCGGAAUCGUGGCACGCAGGAAACUCCACAAGGGGGUCGGCGCGGUGACGAGUCUGGACGUGGUAUCGCUCUCUCCCACCGGCGGCGAGGGCGCCAUCGCCGUUGCAGGCGCAGACCAGAGCGUCGAAAUCCUCGUCGCCGAAGACGCCGCACGGCUACACACCGCCCACGUGUUCAAAGACCUACACCCCUUCCAGAUCUCGAAAGUGGUAUUUUCCCCGGCGCCGGAGCCUCCAGUAGUCACGCACGACGCCGAAGACGAGGAGACGCCGCAGGCCCCGCAGCAACACGUCAUACGCGUGGCUACUACUAGCAUCGGCAACACCGUCGUGGUGCAUACCCUGCCGCUGAUCGACUCGGGGAAGGGCCGCGGGUACACGCUGCUGCGGUCAGGCGCCGUGCUGAGACAGACGGCCAUCUCCGUGCUGCUCAGCUUGAUCGCCGUCGUCGUCUUCGCCGCCCUGCUGCAGAUGGUAUUCGUUGCCCGCGGAGGCCUCACGGGGCUGCAGGGCAUCAGCGACAUGUUGCCGCCGAUUCCGGGGAUGGGCGGGCACACGCACACCACGACCGCCACGACGGCGGGGACGGUCAAGGAGUCGGAUGUGGACGCGCUCAUCGAGGGGAUGAAGAGCGGCGCCGUCACUGAUCCGUUCGAUGGCGGUAACGUGGUGGACGAGGACGAGAUCCGCGAGGAGCUGUUGAAGAAGGUGGUCGCUGCGGCGGACGAUAUCGCCCACAGCAAGAAGGAUGAGCUAUAAUCGUUGCGUUGUGUUCUGUUUAUUUGUUGUUUUUUUCGUUCAAAUUCUACCUAUACCUCUCCUUCGGUCGUUCAGACUUAGAUUGAACACGCGCGCCGUGCCGACGAAUAGUGGGAGCAUUGGGUGGCUGCAAGAGGGCGACGUGUAUUUUAAUGCUUUAAUGGAGGGUAGGAUACUAUUUGCUUGCUACUCCGGAGUCCGCACAACUGACUUGCUCAUCUGCCUAAUGUAUUUGAUGCUUUAAUGGAGGGUACGAUGCGAUUCGCAUGUGACUCCGGAGUCACCACGUCCGACUUGCUCAUUCGCCUAUUGUCCGUCCAAAUCGUUGAUUUAUAGGUACCCAGGUGAUGACAACAUCAUAGGGAACAGAAGUCCCCAACUAUCUAGCCCUUGGAAAAAGCAAAAGCAAAGCAAAGCAAAAGCAAAAGCAAAAGCA